CAGAGGCGAUCGCAGAGUCCAGCGGCUGAAGUGAUGAUGGCGGCAGCGCUCGAGAGAGGAGGGCUUCGGGCCGCCUUCCUGAACCCGGGCAGCGGCGGCGGCGGAGCAGCUCCCACAGCGGCGGCAGGAGCAGCAGCGGGCGGCGUGGCGGCGGUACUGUGGGGCUCCGCGGGCUCCGGAUCUGUGCCCGUCCCGAUGAACCUCUUCGCCACCUGGGAGAUUGACCGCUCCUGUCCGAGCUGUGUGCCCAGGUUGUGCAGUCUGACAUUGAAGAAGUUGAUCGUGUUGAAGGAGCUGGAUAAAGAUCUGACCUCAGUGCUGAUAGCGGUGAAGAUUCAGGGCUCCAAACGAAUGUUGCGAUCAAACGAGUACAUGCUUCCUCCCAGCGGUCUGAUGGAGACAGAGUUAGAGCUCACUUUCUCUCUACAGUAUGCUCACUUCCUGAAGAGAGACGCUAACCGCUUACAGAUUAUGCUCCAGAGAAGAAAACGCUACAAAAACAGAACGAUCCUCGGCUACAAGACGCUCGCUGUUGGAGUCAUCAACAUGGCCGAGGUGUUGCAGCACCCGACAGAUGGCGGUCUGAUUCUGGGUCUCCAUAGCAACGUGAAGGAUGCUCCAGCACGUGUGGCGGAGAUCAGCGUCUUCUCUCUGUCGAGUCAACCCAUCGACCACGAGUACAACAGCAGCCAAUCAGGAGCAAAGACCAAAGCCUCUGAUCGUUCUCCAGAUAUGGAUAAUUACUCUGAGGAUGAUGAUGACAGUUAUUCAUCAGAGCAGGAGGCCAGUGAUGACGCUGUACAUGGACAGGAUCUGUAUGAUGAAGAUGAUGACGUACGAAAACCAAAAAAGCCUAGACGCAAAAUGAUCCGAACCAUCUCAAUGACACGACAACCCAACUUUAAACAGAAGUUUGUGGCCUUACUGAAGAGAUUCAAAGUCACUGAUGAGGUUCUGGACUCAGACCCGGUGGAUCAGAAUCAGGAGGUGGAGGAGGAUCUGGAUCUGCUGUAUGACAGUCUGGAGGUUUAUAAUCAGAGUGACAGUGGACCAGAACUAGAAGAUAAUGAGAGUGUUCUGAGCACGCCCAAACCCAAACUCAAGCCGUUCUUUGGGGGAAUGUCUCACUCGAGUUCUCAAACAGAGAUCGGGAGCGUUCACAGUCACAAUCAACACAGAGACACCUCACACACUGGCUCUGACUUCCUGUCGGUGGAGAGGUGUAAGGCUCCAGGGUCACGACCCCAGGAUGACACCAGUAUGGACACCACAGCUGGGGAAAUGGAUGCAGAGCAUCAUGGGAUAGUAACAGGAGAUGUGUCGGUUGGUUUGGAGUCAAACACGGAUCGAUUGAACAGCUCUGCUGGAAAACUUAAGACUGAUUCACAAAACCACACGAGUCCCAGUAAAGCUGAGAACAGGGUCCCACAGCGAGCGCACAGCACAUCCAUGAAGGACCGACAGAAUUCACGAGCUCAGAGCGACCGUAUGACCAGCGUGGACAUCGAAUAUUCGCCAGACACCCGAUUCACCACACAGGUGCCCCGCAAAUCAGUUUACGAUCAACUGAAUCAGAUAUUGAUCUCUGACGAGAGACUUCCAGAAAACAUCAUCCUGAUCAAUACACUCGACUGGCAGGGACAGUAUGUAGCAGAAGUUCUUCAGAAACAGUCUCAGCCCAUCGUGUCCACCUGUUCGGCCGCUGAUGUUCAGGCUGCAUUUAACACCAUCAUCACACGCAUUCAGAGAUUCUGUAACUGUAACGCUCAGACUCCACCCACCGUCAAGGUGGCGGUGGCGGGCGAUCAGAGUUAUCUCAGUACUGUACUGCGACUCUUCGUAGAUCAACUGGCCAAUAAGACGCCUGACUGGCUGAGCUACAUUCGCUUCCUUGUCAUCCCCAUUGGCUCUCAUCCGCUGGCGAAGUACGUGUCAUCGUUCGACAGUAAAUUCAACAGUAUGUUCAUGGAGCCAUCGUGGAGAGAGCUGUUCUGCCGGACAGAACCUCCAACCACAGACAGUGUUGAUGUGGCAGGACGGAUCGUUCAGUAUCUGGCUGGUGCAAACGUCUCUCAUCAGUUCCCCAUCUCUGAAGCCAUGCUCACCUACAGACAAAAGAGUCCGGAUGAAGACUCUUGCCAAAAAUUUGUGCCAUUUAUCGGGGUGGUGAAGGUGGGCAUUGUGGAACACAGUCUCUCAACAUCAGUGGAUUCUGAUGAUGCGAUGGGCGGUAAUAUGGGCAUUGUGUCCUCGCUUCCACCGCAGUUGGCUACGCCCUAUGGAAAAGAAAUUUAUGGGACUCCGCCCCCUUCCCCGUCUGCGUGUGCUGUGUUCACUGGAGCUGGUUCUCCGUGUACAGGUGGCGAGCUGAUAGGGCUGCAGGUGGAUUACUGGACGUGUCCGAGUGAGAAGAGGCGUGAAGGAGAGAAACGUGAUGUGUGUUUGAAGAACACUCUGAAGAGCAACUUUCGCUCUCUGCAGGUCAGUCGUCUGCCCAGCG